GACUCUUACUAACCCCAAACUUUUGAAUGGUAGUGUAUCACAGUGGGGAAUGAGUUAUUUAGGUUUACACUUAAGGUUAGAGGUUUGCCAUCUUUAAAUGUAACCUAUUAUACAUAAAGGUAAAGAUUUGAUGUUCAAGGACAAAUGGUGAGGUAUGGAUGAGUUCAGCUCAGCAUAGGACAAGGUGUCCAAUUUCCUACCACUGAUCUCUGAAUAUCAGAGGAGCUUUGGUGAAUAAAACCUGCGGUACAUAGUGUUCUCAAAGCGAACUGCUCUUCAUUCGGCUGCUACCCGACACUUCGCAAAGUAACAGUAUCCUAAAACUCUUUAGUAUCACUUCUGAGUUAAUCAGCUAAAAUUAGCAAGAAAAGAGGCUCUUUUAAGAAGUUUCUUUGAAGCUAAUUCUUUCUUUUCUUUUCCCCUCAAUCCUAAUAAUGUCUUAUUGCGCUCUGUUCAGGCUUCUUGCACAGACUUAAAACUGGACAUAUCGUAUUUCCUCUUUAAAAAGCAGUUAUUGUCCUCUGUUACGAUAUUCAUCAGUUUGAAAAACAGUCCCGCCGUUGUGAAGGGCUGCAGGAUUAUCCGGCAAGAACAGGUGGGGUUUUAUUAAAGCAAAGGAGGAGCCAGUCCAGACUAGACAAGAAAGGACGAGUUGAAAAUCUGAGACAGCAUCAGAUGGACAGAGAGAAUUGACGAGUGUUAAUAUGGUGCUGUUCACCACUAAGUUUGUCCAGAGAGCUUCGCUCUUUGUGUCCUUCGGAGGUUUAAUCACAACGUUAAUUACAACCUUCCUGCCACUAUGGAAGACGAUGAACUCAGAUUUGAAUGAGAUGGAGAACUGGUAUGAGGGUCUCUGGCACAUGUGUAUCUACACGGAGGAAGUUGGUGUGCACUGCAAAGCCUUCGAGUCUUUCUUGGCCCUGCCACCAGACACUUUAGUUUCACGGGUUCUCAUGUGCAUUUCCAUUGCAACGGGAAUUCUCGGUGUAGUGGCUGCUUUUUUUGGACUCCAGGGUGUCGAGAUUGGUGCCGGACGGGAGAGGAUGAAGAGGGCGCUGCUCAUCCUCGGUGGAGUGUUUAUCCUUGUGUCAGGGAUCACGACCCUCGCACCCGUUUCACUGAUGGCAUACCUAAUGGUAGUGAAAUUCUGGGAUGAGAAUCUUCCAGAUGUGAUGCCAAGAUGGGAGUAUGGAGAGGCCAUGUUUUCUGCCUGGUUUGCUGGACUUCUGUUAGUCGUUGGAGGGGCUUUUCUCUUUGUUGCCGUCUGCAUGGGCGAUCAUGAAGCAAAGCUGCAAAAUAAAAUUCUCGCUCGCAAUCAAGAACAGCGGCCGAGAACUCUGCAUUACCGAAAGACUGAAAUCAUAUAGCUUCCAUUUCAUCUUAAGGCUGGAAAAUUCAAGAAUGCAACUCAGCCUAAAAUAAACUAAAAGGCCGGACUUGUUAUAAAAUAUUGAAUUUGUUUGAAUCAGAAUUAUGAUUGCAAUUAGAGGAGUUACUUGCAUGGUGAUUUUUCAUGGUGAUCAUCACCCUCAAAUGAUACAUGUAGUAAUGCUUCAGUACUUAUUUCAUUGGAAUCGAUCUCUGUAGACUUUUCAGAUUUGUGAGCUGUCAUCCUAUAAAGAAUACUAAAACUCUGCACAUCUUUUUGUAAGGGUUGCACAGGAUGGCAGCUGAUUUAUUUGCACUGUUAAUGCGUUGCACCAAAUCCUCAUGUAAUGUUGUGUAUGGUUUGGAAGUAUUUGGACAGAGUUAUUCACAUGUUCUGAAGCUUUUAAGUGCCUUUCAAAGCCCUCUUUGAAAAACAAAUCAGUGGCCUAUUGGUACUUUUACAUACUGAUAGAUUUAAAAACAUUCUCCCAGUAUAGA